CGUCACAUAAAAAUAUAUUAUUCUUGUAGUUAGGUAACAUAUAAAAACCAUAAACUUAUUUUCAUCAAAAUAAGCAAUAAAAAGUGAUGAAAUAAAUCCUUCAAAAUGGAACUUCUGAUACCAAGAGGACGUGUUUACGACGAAUUUAUUGUGGUAUUUGCAAUGGUUACUUCAAUGUGUAUUUGUGCGGAAUACGACUUGCAGUCAGCAAUGAAAUUAAAGCAGCUAGACAUGGAGUACGGCGAGAAGCUGACAAGUGUUGAACAGGGUGAGUUAAAAUCAACUGGCCUCAGGAGUACCUAUGUAGUUGCAGGUCGCUCGCCACUCAAGUUCACGCUCAACACAUCUCAACUGGUGCCCUCCACUCGAUGUACUACCGGCCAGCCAAUAAAAUUGAAUUCGGAUUACGUGCCAGAAAGCAGUGACGAGAGAAAUGAAAAUAAGAUCGAAAAUGAUGUUCAAAACAUGGAUGGUAGUAUAACCACGAAGAAGUCGUAUAUAGCGCCAUCUCCAGCUGAUAAUCCACAUUAUAUUGAUGAUGAAAGAUAAA